GGUGAAGUCAUUCGCGCCGUAUGUUUGGACGUCAAUCUGCUUGACGGUUCCUAUGUAGCUGAAUGUUAUUCCAUACUUAAGAGACGUCUUUAUCGUAUCCACAUACCCAAUGGCCGGAUAUGCAAAUCUUGGGAGCUACAAUUUGUGGUCAGGAACACAGACAAGAACGGCAUCUCUUAUGUCGAUAGUUUCAACGUACUAGAACAAACAGAGUUGGAGAGCAAAUACGUGGUUCUUGGAAGCGAUGGAGUGGUCAGGGUACGACAUUUUAAAUAA